AUGUUAAUUUCAAAUAUUCAUUAUAAAAUUUAUUUUUCAUUAGAGUAGUUAAAAUCUAUUUAUAAGAUACAAACAUAUAAUUAAAUAUUAUAAAAUUUCUUUAAAAAUUUGUUUGCAAGUUAAUCAAAUUAAUAAUAAAUAUUUCACAAAAUUUAUGAGAAAAAUGUAAAAUAUCAAAACAUUAUCUUUGAUAUAUUUUUAUUAGUUAAGAAAUUCAAUAGAUAUACAUAUAAAUAGUAAUAUAUUAUGAUAAUAACUAAGAAUGAUGCAAAAUAUCAUAAAAAUUAUCUUAAAAUUAUUUUUACUUAUUUAUCAAUUUAAUACAAAAUCAUUCUCAAUAUGUCUAUGGUAAACUAUGGUAACAACAUACAUUAAUCGUAAUCUAUUAUGGUAAUAACUAACAAAGGUUUAACUUAUCUGAAAAUUUUCUUUCUCUAUAAUUCAUAAUUUCUUUAUGAGAGAAUUUACAAUCGGGGCUUUUUUAGAUCAGUAGGCAGAAAAAACCUCUCUGCCACACUAUUUUUUCGCCUUCCAAGUAUUUUCCUUGGAGCUACUUUUAAACACUUUUUAAAAAACAUUUUUAACAAAUUUUUAAAAUUUAAUAUAAAAAAAUUUUUUUAAUUAUUAUAUAUACUAGAUUUUAUUUUAUUUGUAAGUAUAUAAAAUUUUGACUGA